AUGACUAUAGGGAACAUAUAUGACUUAAACUUCCUGCUGAAGUUGACAAACAAACUAUUUGAGAACCAUACAUUCGAUUCUUACUUAACCAACCAGCAAUUAAUUGUCUUAAAUCACAUUCUGAAACAUAAUGAGCUGAACAGUGAAAUCUGGCCGGAUUUUAUGUCUGGUAACCUAAGACUAAAAGUCAAGAUAGAUCAAACCGUUGAAGACAAGGCGAAUCAAGAACAACUACAGACUACCGAUGGGGUAGCUGGGAGCCCGAAAAGCACCCACAUAAAAAAAGAAGACGACUUUGAAACCAAUACAAUCAAUGACGACGAUGAAUUUACGAGAUCGUACGAUGACGAGGAUCUUUCAAAACUUGAUCUAGAUGCUCUGAAAGAACAAAUUGACGGUGCAUACUUUGUUGGGAAUCUAUCUUUGAAAGUCAGAUAUGUGUUAUCACAGUUUGGAAUAGAAAACAAUCUAACAGAUUAUCUUGAAGAAGGUAUUGACAAUACUGAUAAGGUAGAGUCAUAUGGAGGAGAGAGUCCCACAAAUGCCAAUACGGAAGAUAACUUAUUUACCAGUACCGAUGCUAAUGAAGAUGGUGAAGAUGACGACUACGACUUUGAUGAGGAUGACGAACCAAACAAAGAGGCAGAAAGUAACGAUAAUGCUACAGAGGAAGUAGUAGAGUCUGAUCGUACAUUUAAAGACUCUACUACUCAAUGCUUAACACUAGAAAUUACAAUUUCAAAGAAUACUCUUGCAACGUAUCUUAAUCCAAAUGACAUCGAAGAGAAAAUAUUAGAGAACUCUGACAAAUUCUUCCAUUCUUUGGAAAAUGAUAGAGAAACAAUGCUCAAAAAAUUAAAACUUCAAAGAAGUGAUCAGAAAAUAACCACCGAUUCUGAUACUAUUGAUCUAAAUGGAAAUAAUUCUGAUGAUAAUAAAGGCUCAAUCGAUGACGACGACGACGACGCCACAAUCCGAGUACCGAAAAGACAGAGAAACAGGGAUGUGACAGGAGAUGAUGAUGAUGAAGAAGACGAUGAUGACGAAUCUAAAAAGGAUAAGGAGGGAAAUUCUCCAAAAAAACUAAAAACCCUUCCCACCGGUCUUGGUAUUGAGAAUUUAUCUUUGAAGCAUUUGCUUUCGAGGAUACAAUCAAAUAAAAACAAGCUGAAUAUUUCAGAUUAUGAGUUGAAGCAUUUGCUAACAGAAGUCAGGAAAAACAGAUCAAAAUGGACAUCUGACGAAAGAAUUGGUCAAGAAGAACUUUACGAAGCUUGUGAACGUGUGGUUAUGGAACUUAGAAAUUAUACUGAACAUUCUACUCCAUUCCUUAAUAAAGUUAGUAAAAAGGAUGCCCCGAACUAUCAUUUAGUUAUCAAGAAGUCGAUGGAUCUAAAUACAGUUCUAAAAAAACUAAAGGCAUUACAAUACAACUCUAAACAAGAAUUUGUUGAUGAUAUAAUGCUUAUAUGGAAAAACUGCCUUACUUACAAUUCUGAUCCUUCUCACUUUUUGAGAGCUCACGCCAUCGCGAUGCAAAAAAAAUCACUACAACUAAUUCCUCUAAUUCCAAACAUCACGAUAAGAAAUAGAGCUGAUGUAGAGAGAGAGCUGGAAGAAUUGGAAAAAGAUAAAGACUAUAAGGACAACGAUGAUAAAGAAGAUGCAGAAGAAGAGGUUGCAGGUUCAGGUAGAAAAGGGUUAACUAUGGGAGCGCAUAAACUAGCAAAAGAUAGCUCAGCUACUAAUAAUGCCACCAAUACUGAUACAAAUGAGGAGACUACUAAAGUCAUUAACAAAAUGGACAUCGAAGUACAAAAGGGGGAAGGAGAAGAGAAAGAAGGGGAAGUAAUGCCGGAAUCAGACCAAUCUUUGUCUCAGGACAAGGGAAAUGAUAAAAUAAUAGAAACUGAAACAAAUUUUAGCAAGGAUGAUGACAAGCAUUUAACGCCACAAAGUCAUAAUAACACUGAAGAAGAGACUAAGGAUCAAUCAGAAAAGAUGGCAUCGGAAAGUAAGACCGAAAUAGAGGAAGAUUCAAAAAUCAAUGAAAGCUCGGAAGAAAAUGCUGGUGAUAAAAUUUAUAGUAAUGCUUCUAAAACUGAACAACCACAAGUAACUACAGUUAUAGAAGGUGAAACUGAAGAUAAAGGUGAAACUGAAGAUAAAGGUGAAGCUGAGGUACCAGCAGAUGAAGAAGAGGAUGAUGAGGAGGAUGAUGAGGAUGAAGAAGCCCAAACUUUCGUUGUUGAAAAAGAUGACGAUAAAGACGAUGUUGAACUGUCCGUGUGGAAAAGUAUAACUGCAAAUAUAAGGGCAGACAUAUGUUUGAAACGUUCAGAAUAUUUCAAGACGGGCCAGCUCAAUAGUGAAUUAGAUGCUCUUCUAAAGGAUCCAGAACGCAUGAAGCCUUUUUUCCAGUUAUACAAGGAGUUCAAGGAUCAAAAGGAGCUAGAAAUGUUCAGAUUGAAAAUGGAACAGAACUCUAUCAUGAAAAAUGGGUUUGGAACUGCACUAGUAAAACAGGAGGAUUACUCGUCCAUCGGGGGUGCCACAAACCCUAGUGAAAACCAAGAAGGGAAUGAUGCAUAUGGGAAAACUUAUGAAGGUAUGGAUCUAGACAGCUCAACGCUAUUAAAAGAAUAUGAUACAAUGAAUUAUUUACCUGAAUUCGCAUAUGGAGGCCAAGAUCAACAGAUGCUAGACCAAAAUGAAGAGGAUGCAGUUAACCGUAUCUUAGAGUUGGGUAUGACAAAGAAAAGUGCUCUAUUAGAUAAUGUCGGCAAAGGCUUAACUCCCAAAGUUAACAGCAAUAUUUCCUUAAUACAAGAAAUCAGGCAUAUUUGUCACAAGAUAUCUUUAAUUCGUAUGCUGCAAAAUCCGUACUCGACUCAAUUCAACAAAGCUAAUCCCGGACAAAUCUUAAAUGCACAUCAAUACCGUUACGAGAAAGUAAAUGAUGAUAUUGAUAUUGACCCUAUCUCGCAAUUACAUAACCAUGAUUACAAACAUGACAAGAACGUAAUGUGGAAAGUCAUGCACAAAAAUGUCUCUAAGAUUGCGAUGUCCAACGGGUUCGAAACUACUCAACCUACUGCUAUAGAUAUUCUGACAGAGAUAGCUGGAAACUAUCUUUCCAAUCUAACGAGAUCGUUAAAGAUUCACAAAGAAACCAACUCAGUCAAUCGUAUGAAACCGGAAGAGAUGCUUGAGGCAGUUCUUCUUGAAAAUGGUAUCAAUAAACCAGAUGAUUUAUACAGUUAUAUGGAGUCUGAAUUCGAGAAAAAGACUAAAAAGCUCAAGGAUGUCAAGGCUAAGUUGGAAAACUUCUUGAAAGAUCUAUUGCGCCCUACCUUACAGGAUUUAUCUGAAAGAAAUUUCGAAGAUGAGAGCCAAAGUUUUGUAACUGGUGAUUUUGCAUCCAAUCUCAAUGGUGAAGAUUUCUUUGGUUUCAGAGAGCUGGGUCUUGAACAGGAGUUUGGUAUCUUAAGCAACUCGGUUCCUAUUUCGCUAUUGAGCUUUCAAUUCCAAGCUACAGAUAGCGAGACGAAGGAACAAGUUAUGAAACUUCAAGCUGAAGAAAUCAAAGAUAUUGUGUAUGAAAAAGUCAGCAAGAAAGACCUUCAAUCAGAUAGAUUUUCUCCUAUCGUGCUGUCACUACUGACACAGUCCUAUGAGAAGACGAAGUCUGCCAUUCCGAAGAUCAACAAAGUUGUAACAGCUGAGGCAGAAAAGGACAACGAUGAUGUCACAGAAGAGGAGCCAAAAACUAAACCAUUGGAGGACAAUGAUGACCUGUUGGUCAUGGAAGAUGACGAAUUGCCGGUCAAGACCAAGAUGGGAUCAAGGUUAAGAUUACCACCAACUGGUAAGAUAUCUACAACGUACAAGAAGAGGCCACUUGCAGAUGCGUUUAUAUUACCCGAGGAGGAUCCAAUCGAUGAGAUCAAUGUUAAUAAUGAUAGUGAUCAGGUUAAAGUAGAAGACGUCCCUGAGAAUAACGGAACGCCAAUGGAUAACGACAGAGAAUUGGACCUGCAAAUAUCAGAGAAUCCUUUGUUUGACUCCCCCGAUAUUGACAACAACAGCUUUGGUCUCAACUUAGAAGACAACGAUAUCGCUGUUUCCAACAGUUCUUUGAACCUGAAGCUGGGCUAG